AUGGGGCUACCCACAACGGUCCCUGAGAGCAAAUGGGGAGCCAGACUAGUUGAACAUCUACGGGGAGAAGCGGAAGAGUUGAUGGAACAUGUAGAGCUGAGUACCAUCACUGAUGACAAGGGUUACAAAAAGGUGUUUGAACUUCUUGACGAGCGCUACAAAGAGCUGGACAAGGACGAGCUUCAACGCUGUCUCAAGUCGUACUUCUAUGCGGCGCCAAUCAAGAAUCAGGAGACCUAUAGGAACUUUGUCAUACGGAUGGACACAGCCUACAGAGGGCUGACACGGCACAAAGUAGAACUACCUGAGCCAGUUAGAGGGUGGAUUCUACUGAAGAAGCUUCUUUUGGACUCGACAUCUGAGGCCCUGAUCAUGACGUCUACAUCGGGGUCACUGAACUACACAGAUGUCCUAGGAGCUCUCAAGGCUGUGUUCCCAAAUGGCCAGGGUCCCGGAGUGAACCCAGGCAAAUCAAAGGACAAGGAGAUCUUCAUUGCCCAGGAAGACAGUGAGACACCAAAUGAGGCCACUGAACUUGAAGUACCAGGCAACGAUGACUUCUUAGAGGUCAUGGAAGCAGUCGCCACUCAAGCUCAAGAACAGAGUGACUAUGAGUCUGAGGAUGCAUUGGAGGUGUUCGAGAACUACUCUAGCAUUCGAAAAAAGAUGCAGGAGAAGAAGACCUCUCGUGGCUUCAGACAAGUGAACACGACUGAGAAACAAUGGAAGCUUGAAGGAAGCGUUCAAGGAAAGCUGUCACUCUUGAAGGCAAAGACCAGAUGUCAUCACUGCAGGAGAAUGGGUCAUUGGAAGAAGGAAUGCCCGCUUCGACAAAAUCAAGGCAAGAAGAGCGAAGGAGGCCAGAAGGAGGUCCACAUUGUAGAGAGCUACAGUGAUGACGAGGCCUUCUUCGAGAGCUAUGUCCUAGACGAGGUCAAGGGCAAGGACUAUGAGCAGGAGUACCACGGGUACCAGGAGACUGACACCAAGACCAAGACGGAGACACAGAAAGACCAGGGUGCCAAGAGGAAUCGAGACAUAUGGGUCUUAGACAAGGAAAUGGGUGUCUUGGAACGCAUCCAUCAGAAAGAAAGGAAGGGACUUUUCACACCACAUGGAGUCAAAGAUCUUCCUAUCGCCAUGGAGGAAUUCUCGGGCGAACGGGAGACAAUCAUGAUCAAUGUGGCCACCGGAGAAAAGAGUGUCAUCAAGGACAACUACCAUACGACCAGAGUGCCCCAUCAGAAGAUGGACUACAACUGGUGUGGAAAGACAAAACUCUACCUGAAGACCAUGGACCAGUCCAAGAAGUCAAGUACCUCGACUAAGGUGGUGGAUCCAGAUGCUCAGCUGCGACUUUUUGAACAUGAAGUACUGAGCGCAAUUCAUGAGGGGGCGCAGCCAGUUUUUUCCAAGUCUGACCAGGCAGCAACCCUGGAUUCUCACGCAGUUCCCGACACGGCAUGUCGCCGUACGCUGAUCGGUGAUUAUGUGCUGUCAUUGCUUGAGUCUAGGUUGAAUGAGAAGGGUCUCAUUGAAGUGCCAAUGACACCACUGGCACAAGAGUUGAUGAACGGGCUCAUCGUGGAAGACAAGAUCGACAUGACCCAGGAAGAGAUCGAUCGCUACAGCGAUCACGAGGAAGACGAGCCAAUGAAGCCAGUUCAUGGACAGGAAGUGAUGAAGGCCGGCAAGUACAAGAACACUCACAACAUGGAGUAUGCCUACACUCAGGACAAGAAGCAUCUGAAGUGGGUGCGCUCCAACAUCCAGCCACAGGGUUCAAGUCCAGAGAUGAGGCGUUACCGCCUCUAUGUGGAGAUGAGAGACCAGAAGAAGAGUCAGAGCGAAGGCAAAGUCAGUGGAACCACCAGCGAGCUCAAGACGUCGAGAGAGAGAGGGAGAAGGAUGGUCUCACGAGAUGACAGCGAUGGAGAUGGACUACGACGAGUACAAGACAUGGGCAUUUCUGGACGAGCUAGAGAAGGAAAAGAACCAAGAGCAGCAGAAUCAGAUGUGGCAGGAGAUCGUCACACAUGUGGCAGAGCAGAACCCAGAGAAGGCACAGAAGAUGAUGCAGGUGUCCGAGAUCAUGGGCAUUCACAUGGCAUGGAAGAUGUUCAAGGCAGUGGCGGAGAUUUUCUCUGUUCCACGAGUAAGUCAAGCAGCUGCAGCUGUGGGACUGAAGUGUGGGCCGUCGUAUGA